AUGGCUAGCCAACUCUGCGACCCUUCUAGUGUCCUGGUCAAGAUCAAGGAAGAUGGAACGACUUAUAUAUUCGAACUUCCUCGAGAAGAACUGUGCUCACUCUCACCCUUCUUCAAAACAGCCUUCGAGGGCAGGUUCCUGGAGGCUCAAACUGGCAUAAUGGAUAUGGAAGACGUCUCAGUGGAGCUAUUUGGCGAUUUCGCAAGGUGGAUUGCGACCGAUCAGCUGCAGCAUCAUACUCUGGAAGACCUAGUAAAUCUAUACGUCCUUGCGGACAAGUUUGACAUCCGAGUCCUCCGUGAGGCCAUCACCGAUGAACUCACCACUGAGUGUUUCAAGCCAGACUUUGACGUUCCCGAUUGGAAGGUCAUUUGGUUCAUGAUGGAGAACAUCCCGAAAUGUUAUCCUAUCCACUCUCUGUUGGCAACCGCUGUUGCCAGAGUACUUUGGCACGAGGUAGAGAGGCUUGAAGGACUUCCAUAUGGAUUCGGUGUCCGGGUGAAAAGCAAUCUCGAUAAACCUUACGGCCUCUGCGAUGAGUGUUUCAGCCAAGACGAAAGCCACGACACAUCCGAAUACUGUGAUCACUUUUUCGACCAAUCCAGCGACUUUGACCCGCGCCAUUACCAUGAAGUCGUCCCUGACAACCGAGGUUGA